UCCUAUAAAAGGAGUGCGUUAUCACGGUAAAGCACGGAUCGAUUUGUUUUCCAAACAAAUAAUGGCACCCAUAACAGCGUUAGAAAAACCUCAUGCAGUAUGCAUACCAUUUCCUGCUCAAGGCCACAUUAACCCGAUGCUUAAGCUAGCCAAACUCCUCUAUUCCACCGGUUUUCAUAUAACAUUUGUCAAUUCCGAAUACAACCAACAACGCCUGAUAAAAUCUCAGAGGUCUCGCAGCCUCCCAUCUUUCCAAUUUCAAACCAUUCCCGAUGGCCUCCCCCCUUCAGAAAACCUUGAUGUUACACAAGAUAUCCCCUCUUUGUUGAAGUCCACCUCUGAAACCUGCCUAACCCCAUUCAAGGAUCUACUUUUGAAACUCAACAAUACCGUUGGGGCACCUCCGGUGAGUUGUAUAGUUUCGGAUGGAAUAAUGAGCUUCACGCUUGAAGCAUCAGAAGAAUUGGGUAUUCCUAAUGUUCUAUUUUGGACUACUAGUGCUUGUGCCUUCCUGGCUUAUACACAUUAUAUCACCCUCUUAGAAAAGGGACUCAUUCCGCUAAAAAAUUCAGUUGAUGUAACCAACGGGUAUUUAGAAACAGCGGUAGAUUGCAUACCGCGCAUGAAAGGAAUCCGCCUAAGGGACAUCCCCAGCUUCAUUAGAACUACAGAUCCAGAAGAUUUCAUGAUUAAUUUCGUUAUCCGAGAAACUAACAGAGCUAAAAAAGCAUCGGCAAUCAUCCUCAACACCUUUCACGAGCUAGAGCAGGAUGUUUUAGACGAGCUUUCUUCGAUCUAUCCUCCUGUUUACACCAUCGGGCCAUUACAUAUCAUAGCAAAAGUUUUUGACAGCGAAGAUUUGCAGUUGCUGAGUUCGAGUCUUUGGAAAGAAGAGCCUGAGUGCCUACAAUGGCUCGACUCUCAAGCAUUCAACUCAGUCGUUUACGUGAAUUUUGGAAGCAUAACUGUGAUGACACCAGAACAACUAGUAGAGUUCUCAUGGGGACUUGCUAAUAGUAAUCAUAAGUUUUUAUGGGUGAUACGACCAGACCUUGUACGAGGAGACUCCAAAGUGUUGCAGGAUGAGUUCCUGGAGGCAACAAAGGAGAGGGGGUUGCUGGCAAGUUGGUGUCCACAAGAAAAAGUUUUAAAUCAUCCAUCGGUGGGAGGGUUUCUGACACACAGUGGGUGGAACUCAACUCUUGAGAGUAUAUCAAGUGGUGUCCCGAUGUUAUGUUGGCCGUUUUUUGCUGAACAACAGACAAACUGUUGGUGGUGUUGUAAUCGAUGGGGCAUAGGAUUGGAGAUCGACAGUGACGUCGACAGAAAAGAAGUUGAAAAACUUGUGAAUGUCCUAAUGGUUGAAGAGAAAGGUAGAGAGAUGAAAAGAAUGGCGAUGGGUUGGAAGGAAAAGGCGGAUUCUGUGGCAUCUCGCCGGACCUUGGAGAACUUGAUCAACCAAGUGCUUCUUCCUGGCGUCCGCCAAUUCAUAUAGUUGAAACCGUUAUCUAAAACCAUGCCAUGUGUUGCUCCAUUUCAUAUUGUUAUUUCCCUUUAUAUCACUUGUUACUAAACUUAAAAAAAUGUUAUCACAAGAGAACCAAAGUGUUCAGUGUUUCUGAUGGAGUCUUCCAUCGUAUAUACUUAUGCUGCUUGUAUUUGUUACCAGCCCUCUAUUGUGUCAUUGAAACUUUGGUGUUUUAAUUAAUUGUGCCUUUUUUUGUUAC